AGAAUGGAAUUAGGUGUUGCCGUGCCAUGCCAUGCCAUGCAGGAGGAGAGGAGACGAGAGGAUUUGAGGAUUUAGAGGAUUUGUUGUUGAAGAAGAAGAGCGGGCCCUGCGUGGAUCCUCCUCCUCUUUUGCGCGCUUGUUGCGUUCUCGCUCGUGAGCGCACCUCCUUUGGUUUGGUUUAUUAGAUGAGUGUUGGGAGGUGUAGGGUUAGUGUUUACGACUCUUUUCCCCUUACUUUGUUUGUAUGUGAGCGGUACCUUGUAUAUGGUUUACCUUGUGUAGCAUUAGCGGUUGAGGUGCGACGCGUGAUGCGUCACCAUGAUUUCGCAAUGGGCAACGAAGCGGCUGUGCAAAUUCGCCAUGAAGCACUUGCUGGGCCGCAUCCUGCUCGAUGAACUGGACCUGGAGCAACUUGACGUGCAGAUUGGGUCUGGGGUUAUCCACUUGAAGGAUCUCAAGCUUAACACCAGCUACUUCAAUGACCAGUUAGGGGAUGUCUUGCCGGUGGUGUUGAAGGAGGGCUUGAUAAGCAUUGUAACCGCCAAGAAUCUUUGGAGUAUUUUUAGUAGGGAUCAGCCGUGUGAGGUUCAAAUUCAUGGGCUGGAGCUUGUGCUUGGCCCGCGCCUGCGUUCUGGAAAAGCGAAUGUAGAAAAGGAAGGCAAGGUUUCGGUAGCUGCUUCUGAAGGGGAUGAUGGAGAUGGCCUUGAAGGAAGUGGAGAGGGUGAAACCACUUACAUGGAUAUCGAAGUCGGGGUUCGUGCAAUUGCCCAAAUUGUUGAGAAAGUGCUUUUAGGGUUGUGUGUGAAAGUUACGAAUCUGACCAUAAAGUACGAACAUCAACAACAAGACGAUGGUGCGCAAGAACCUCAUAAUCCAGUGCUGGAUACGAAGUCGUUGUCGUCGUCCACGCUUGUGAUUCGAGCUGGAUAUGUGGAAUAUGGUAACGAGAACACUCAAUCUCAAGGCAGGACCACUGACCCACACAUGGUAGUAAAACAUAUCACAUUUAGAGAGUUCACAGUGGGAUUGCUUCCACCUUGUAAAUUUGCUGAAUCGAAAGAGAAAAUUACAACCAGGGACAUGUCAGAGCAUAUGGUGCCACUACUAGCAGGAACAGAUGGUGGUGGGGUUUGGGGCUCUACUCUGUUGCGGAUACCCUUACGAGAAGGGUCCAUGGAUAUUCCGAAAAUCAACACGGAGUUUUUGGUUCAACCUUUCACGAUCCACGCAUCUAUCUGGAAGAUGCAACAAGUAUUAUCCUUGGUUCAUUCUUUCAGUAAUAGUAAGCGUGCUAUGGUCGAGACUGGCAUGGUCUCCGAAAAGAGAGGAGAACGUCUUGAAAGGCUGGUGGAUAUGUUAGCUACGAGAUCAGCGGGUGGAGUUGAGGGUAGUGUUGCUGGUAGCUCGGUGUUUUUGCCAGCUACGACCUUCAUAUCAGACUGGAUGCGAUGGGGAGAAACAGAUAGUCCAAAAACUUCAGGAGAAAUGGCCGAGGCAGAUUUGGCGGCCAGUGUGGAUGAAUUUUUUGAGUGCUUGGAUACGGGCUCUAUGCUUCUUGCCACAGAUGCCUGGAAACAGGUGGAAUAUGGUGUCAAAGCGAGAUUCGUCAGUAUAUCGGUGGAGUUUGCCUACACGGAUUCUAUGAAGAGUUUUGACAUUGCAGUUAAAGAUACAGAUGUUGAACAAUUGCAUCUAAAUUUAGCUGGAGCCACUCUCUCUUUCGCUAUGUCCGAAAAGAAGACUGAUCUUAGUCUUUCUUUGGAAAGUGUUGAGCUUUGGGAAGUUAUUUUGGAAGAUUCAAAUGAUAGAAGCGCUGAUUCUCCUCUUCCGAAUGAGAAAGAGAACAGUCGCAGGAUAGUUUCCAAUCUUAUUGAAGAAACGUUACCCCGUUAUGAUGUCAAUCUGUACCCUGCUACGAUGACGACUAACACGCUUAAAGGAAGACACGGUGAGAUCAAGGAAAGAAAUCAACUGCUUAGGAUUAUAUCAUCGACGACAAAAAAGGCUGUGCAUGUUGGCCUGAAACUUUCCCGUCAAGGGAUGAACAAAAUUACUGCGGGGGAGGCGUCUUGUAGCCUGGAUAUCAACUCGAUUUUUGAGCCAGUAGUGAUGUGGGUGGAUUUUCAGAGUAUGCAAAGAAUUACUCAACUACUGGGAGAGUUAAAUACUCCUGAGAGCGGGCAGGAAGUUUCCAGCAGUCAAAGUGCGGUGUCUAGUUCAACUUCUGUACACUUCACGUCGUCCUUUUCAUCUGUUCGUAUUAUUGCUGGUAUUCCAUUACCUCAGACAGCAUGCGGUGGUAAAUCCUCUGAAGCCUAUUGUGUAUUGGACUUGACUUCGCCAUCUAUGGACUUGCAAUUCAUGGGCAGGGUAACUGCCGAUGGGGAUUCUCUAGUCUCCGGGUUUGAAGAUGCUACUGUAUUUCUUGUCUCGAAGGUAGUGAACCCUCAACACGAGAAAUUUCAAUCAAGUGGAAUAUUAAGAAUUAAUCAUCAGGGUGAAGUGGAUGCAUCAAUUGAGGUUGCCUGGAAGAGGGCAGUUGAGACAGGUCCUUGGGUAGCCAAAGAAGCAUGGGACGUGCCAUUGGCACAGAAGAGAAGGGGUGAUGGAGGAGGAGGUACAGGUAGUGGUAAUUUUGAGUUUGUGGCUGCUGUUUCCGCUCAGGCUGAAGAAGUAGCAGACUCGCGUCUAAAACAUAAGCUUAUUAAGUCAUCCUCCAUCGUUGUCCAAGUCAGGUUGCCCUUCGUUGGGCUUCGCAUGUCAAGAUCUCAGUACUUGUUAUUUGUUGAACUUUGUUCUACUUUUCAAAGCAACAAGUCUAAUACUCGUGAGAAGAGUUUGGACGGUAGUGGCAUAUUUCCAACACCUUCAAGUACACUAGCUGCAGAGGGACUUCAAGUUCCACAAAUAGCAGUGCUUGUGCGAUGUGAUCGGCUGGACUCGGCAUUGGUCUUUAGUCCUCCAGUAAAAGAGGGGGUCGACGGCGGGAAACACUGGGAGGUCUUGCAUUUUGAUAUUCAUAAACUUCAGGUUCUGUCUGUUUUACGAACGGGUGGGAGCCUUGAUGCGUCCUACUUACGAGUUCGCCAUGAAGAAUGCCAAGUUUCAGGAUCUCCGCCUGAUAGAUGGUUGUUACCCUUGCAAGGAGACACCGAGGAGAUUCUCCUUUUCGCCUGUAGGAAUAGUGCUUUGCAACGUGGAAAUGGAGGGGGCGGUAAUGUUCUUGCAGUUGGCACCGCUGGUAUCUCUGUAACUUAUGUGUCUUGGCCUGGCAGAGAAAAGCUUGCGGACAACUUCAUCAUUUCUAAUGUCAAGGGGUGCACUACAGUUGCUUAUGGUGGCCGUCUUGACUGGGUCAAUGCAGUUGCUUCAUUUUUCGAUGUAUCUGAAGCACUGACUGAUGUUACUAGGAAUAAUGAUACCGAACAACCACAAUCUACUCCUAGUUCCAAGAAUGAACUACGAAAAUACUUUCUACUGGAUUUGCAUGACGCUGCUUUGGGUUAUGAACCUGGGUUGGAGGCUCUUUCGGCUCCCGAGUCUUCAGCAGUUGCUUGUGUCCUGGCUGCUGCAGCAGUGCGAAUUUCAAGUGGUGCAGGUCUUCACGUGAACCAGGAGCAGUAUGAUGUUAAGCUUCGUGAUAUUGCGCUACAUGUGUUGGACUUGGAAUUCAAAAAGCAGGCUCAGUUCACAUACUCUACGGACUCCAUGCAACAGACAGGCUUUGUUCAGGUUGCUAAGGAGACUUCUAUGGGCGUCACUGUCAGGAUUGGUGGUGAGGACAGCCAAAAGUGGGAAGUGGAAUGCGGGAAUAAUGAAAUAUGCUUUGACACUUGCCACGACACUACUGCAGCAUGUGAACGUCUUGUUGCCCAGUUACAACAGCUCUUUGCUCCUCCCUUGCAGCAGCAAAGUGUUCAAAUCAAAAUGCAUAAAAUGGAAGUGAAAGCAGCUGAUGCCACUGAACCCCCCGACUUAUUGAGCGGUGUUCUUGAGAAUGCAUUUAUCAGUUUGCGGGAAUUACAGACAGAAGCUCUAAAUCUUGAAUGCUCUGAAUUGAGCAGCAAGGACGGUCAAGAACUUAUCGAAGACUAUGUCUCUGAUCACACUUCUGGUGGUCUUUCUGAGUACUCGGAUGACUCUUCAUCAACUAUAAAUGGGUCUGUCAGAAAUUUCUCUCGUGAGGGUCCCUCUGGGGGUGGUUGGUACGAAGGUAAUGGACCUAACAUCAUGGAGAAUCAUGUUCCUGCAGAGAAGCCAGUGGUCAAUCUAAGCCUUCCAAAGCGGUACCCCAAGCCAGUUGGCCGCGUAGUUUUGCAAAACAUGAGUGUAAAAUGGCGCCUUCACGAGGGUUCAGAUUGGCCAUUUGGUGAUGAGGAUCCUGAUUGGAAUAUGCAGACACCUGUUGGUGAUAGUACUCGCAAGCAAAGUGUUUGCCUUGAGGUGUUUCUUAACGGGGUGAACUUGCAGUACAAUUUAUUCCCUACAAGCGGACUGUAUGCCUCAAAGUUGAUUGUAACCGUUUUCAAUUUUGGAGUCCUUGAUUGCAGCCCCAAGGCUCCGUGGAAAACUGUUGUAGGCUAUCACCAUGUUGCAUCCCGCCCACGAGAAACCUCAUCGCAAGCUAUCAAGAUAGAUAUGGAUGCUGUCCGACCAGAUCCCACGGAUGUAUUAGAAGAAUACAGGGUAUCCUUCGCACUUCUACCUAUUCGACUUCAUCUGGAUCAACAUCACCUGGAUUUCUGCAUGAAGUUUUUUUCUUCGCAGUUUAGUGCAAACCAGGGUACAUUAUUUGAGGAGAACUCAAAUUUGUACAGAGGAUCUUCAUACGAUUCCUCUCCUUCUAUGGACUCCAAUCUUACCGAUUCUCCGACAGAACCAUUAUUACCAUUUUUUCAGAUGUUUGAAGUGCUUCCGUUCAACAUUCGAAUCGACUAUAGUCCUCGGAGAAUGGACCUGGCAGCCUUGAGAGCUGGAAAUUUUGCUGAACUUGUGAACAUGAUUCAGUGGAAGGGGAUCGAGCUCGACCUAAAACACGUGAAGGCUGCUGGUGUGCAUGGAGUAGGCAGCUUUUCAAAGAUUUUUCUCAACGAAUGGUUACAAGAUAUCUUGCAAAACCAGAUUUUCAAGUUUGUGCAAGGAGCUGGGCCCAUUCGACCACUCUAUGCUGUGGGUUCUGGCGCUGCCAAGCUCGUAGUUUCACCAGCGCAGCAUUAUUGGAAACAACAACAUUUGCUUCAUGACAUUCGCAAGAGUUUCAAACGAGUGUCUUCCAUGUGCAAGAGGGAGAAACGAGACUCCAAACCUACAUGAUAUAGGACCUAUCGCCUGAUUAUAUGUAAAAUUGUGUAUUCUUAUUGAAGUAUAUGGGCGGGAUGUAGUGCCUGGCUUCUCUGUCCCAGGGCACAUCCGGCCGAGUUCUGCUGUUCGCCGAGGCCGUCUGUGUACAAGGUUUGAGUUGCGCAUGGCUUGGCUGUUAUACGUGACGGAGUUGGAAACAUGGCCAUGUUGAGCUGCUGGCGGGCUUGGCAGUUGUAUAGGAAUAGGCGAUUUGAAGGUUGUAACAUAGAAUAGGUGUAUAGAUUAACUGCAUCUUACAGGUCACUAUCAAUUUUUAUCGAAUUGUGAAUAUUGGAUACUGGUGAUAGAUAUGUUGUUGGGUUGUUACAAGCUUUACCUGAUUUUCUGUAGGCGUUUCCUAGUUAUAGUAGCUGUUGUUCCUCAUUACCAACAACGUCGCGAUUCCGUCCCAAUCAAUCAUGUCAGAUGUGGAUGUCAUGUCGCUGUUGGACCCUCGGAUCUGUAUGCCAAUGCUUAUUGCACUCUAGGGUCCUAAAGUUGUUGGACUCCAUCUGUGUAUUGAUUAUUGAAAGUACGAACUUACAUCUUUUUACCUCUGUA